GGGCAGUUGCACUUACAGCGAGCGAGCGAGAGAGAUGAAAAAUCAAUAGAAAUUUUCAAUGGUUUUUUCUAGUGGCCCACUGAAAAGAGUUUACAAAAAUAAAACCGAAACUCUCAGCGUAAUAUAAUACAAAGCUUUGAAAUUAUCAGAAAAAGAGAGCGCAACAGAGCAAAAAACGUUAAACAACAAUAAAUAACAAAAACAACAAAAGAACAAAAAAAAAAGCAAUUGCCAUCUCCGUUUGCCGAUAAGCAGUAGCAGCAGCAGUUGACCCCGCCCACUGCUAAACAGACGUUUUUCUUGCGCCCCCAAGUUUAAAUAAAUUUAGCGAAAAUUAAUAAGCUAACUACAAUGGCGCCGGUGCGGGGGGAUGGCAUGAGAGGCCUGGCCGUGUUUAUAUCGGAUAUAAGAAACUGUAAAAGUAAAGAGGCCGAGGUAAAACGGAUAAACAAGGAAUUGGCCAAUAUACGAAGCAAAUUUAAAGGAGACAAAACUUUGGAUGGCUAUCAAAAGAAGAAAUAUGUCUGCAAAUUGUUAUUUAUCUUUUUGCUGGGCCAUGACAUUGACUUUGGCCACAUGGAGGCAGUCAAUCUGUUGUCCUCCAACAAAUACUCAGAGAAGCAGAUUGGCUACCUGUUCAUCUCGGUGCUGGUCAACACCAAUAGCGAUCUGAUUCGACUGAUCAUUCAGUCGAUUAAGAAUGAUCUGCAAUCUCGGAAUCCGGUUCAUGUUAACUUGGCUUUGCAGUGCAUUGCCAACAUUGGCAGCCGUGACAUGGCCGAAUCCUUCUCGAAUGAGAUUCCCAAAUUGUUGGUUUCCGGCGAUACAAUGGAUGUGGUAAAGCAAUCGGCUGCAUUAUGUUUAUUGCGUCUAUUUCGCUCAUCGCCAGACAUUAUUCCGGGCGGAGAAUGGACUUCGCGGAUCAUUCAUUUGCUCAACGAUCAGCAUAUGGGCGUGGUGACGGCUGCCACCUCAUUGAUUGAUGCCCUGGUCAAGCGCAAUCCAGAUGAGUACAAGGGUUGCGUGAAUUUGGCCGUAUCACGUCUCUCACGCAUUGUGACGGCCAGCUACACGGAUUUGCAGGAUUAUACAUACUAUUUUGUGCCAGCUCCCUGGUUGUCUGUGAAACUUCUGCGAUUGCUGCAGAACUACAAUCCCGUGACCGAAGAGCCCGGAGUUCGAGCGCGCUUGAAUGAAACUCUCGAAACGAUUUUAAAUAAGGCUCAAGAGCCACCUAAGAGCAAGAAGGUACAGCACUCGAAUGCUAAGAAUGCGGUCCUGUUCGAAGCCAUCAACUUGAUCAUUCAUAGCGACAGCGAACCAAAUCUCUUAGUGCGAGCCUGCAAUCAGUUGGGCCAAUUCCUUAGCAAUAGGGAAACCAAUUUGCGUUACUUGGCCUUGGAGUCCAUGUGCCAUUUGGCCACAUCAGAAUUCUCGCAUGAGGAGGUGAAAAAGCAUCAGGAAGUGGUUAUACUCUCAAUGAAGAUGGAAAAGGAUGUGUCUGUCAGGCAAAUGGCCGUCGAUCUUCUCUACGCCAUGUGCGAUCGCGGUAAUGCAGAGGAAAUUGUCCAGGAGAUGCUCAACUAUCUGGAGACAGCUGACUAUUCCAUAAGGGAGGAGAUGGUUCUCAAAGUGGCCAUCUUGGCAGAAAAAUAUGCCACCGACUACACUUGGUAUGUCGAUGUCAUUCUCAAUCUCAUUCGUAUUGCUGGCGAUUAUGUGUCGGAGGAGGUCUGGUAUCGGGUCAUUCAGAUUGUUAUCAACCGCGAAGAGGUGCAGGGCUAUGCCGCCAAAACUGUAUUCGAAGCUCUCCAGGCUCCAGCCUGCCACGAGAAUAUGGUCAAGGUGGGCGGUUACAUUUUGGGUGAAUUCGGUAAUCUCAUUGCCGGCGAUUCCCGUUCCGCCCCCUUGGUGCAAUUUAAAUUGCUACAUUCAAAAUACCAUCUAUGCUCACCCAUGACCAGAGCUCUGCUGCUCUCCACCUACAUAAAGUUCAUCAAUCUCUUCCCCGAGAUACGAUCGAACAUCCAAGAGGUGUUCCGGCAGCAUAGCAAUCUUCGGUCAGCGGAUGCUGAGCUCCAACAGCGGGCCAGUGAAUAUCUGCAAUUGAGCAUUGUGGCAUCCACAGAUGUGCUGGCCACAGUUCUCGAGGAGAUGCCCUCAUUCCCAGAGCGCGAGAGCUCCAUUCUGGCGGUCCUCAAAAAGAAGAAGCCAGGUCGCGUGCCCGAGAAUGAGAUACGUGAAUCAAAGAGCCCCAAUCCCGUUUCCAAUCAUCAGAAUGCCAAUAGCCACCACAUCAACAGCAAUUCGACAGCAUCCAAUAAACUGAAUAAUAGCAAUGCCCAUGCCGAUCUCUUGGGAUUGAGUACACCGCCAGCCAAUAAUGUGGGGGGAUCGAAUAGCAACAGUAAUAGCACCCUCAUAGAUGUCCUCGGAGACAUCUAUGGCACUAAUAAUAAUGCCAAUGCUGCCGUCUACAACACCAAGAAAUUCCUCUUCAAGAACAAUGGAGUCCUUUUCGAAAAUGAGAUGCUACAGAUUGGUGUGAAGAGUGAAUUUAGACAGAAUCUGGGACGAUUAGGUCUCUUCUAUGGCAAUAAGACGCAGGUUCCUCUAACGAACUUUAAUCCUGUGCUGCAAUGGUCGACGGAUGAGGCGCUCAAAUUGAAUGUCCAAAUGAAGGCGGUGGAGCCAACAUUAGAGGCUGGCGCACAAAUCCAACAGUUGUUAACCGCCGAAUGCAUUGAGGAUUAUGCCGACGCUCCAACCAUUGAAAUCAGUUUUCGUUAUAAUGGUACACAACAGAAGUUUAGCAUUAAGCUGCCACUUUCCGUCAACAAAUUCUUUGAGCCAACUGAAAUGAAUGCUGAAUCCUUUUUUGCGCGAUGGAAAAAUCUCAGCGGAGAACAACAAAGAUCCCAGAAGGUGUUCAAGGCUGCUCAGCCACUUGAUUUGCCUGGGGCACGCAAUAAACUAAUGGGCUUUGGCAUGCAGCUGCUCGAUCAGGUUGAUCCCAAUCCAGAUAAUAUGGUCUGUGCAGGCAUUAUCCAUACACAAUCCCAACAGGUUGGCUGUCUCCUGCGACUGGAGCCAAAUAAGCAGGCACAGAUGUUCCGACUAACCAUCAGAGCCAGCAAAGAGACAGUGACUCAAGUGAUUUGCGACUUACUGUCGGAUCAGUUUUAAGAUCAUCUGCGCAUCCCACAACCCAUGAACACACACACAGACACACACAAACACACUUUAUAAAGAUGCACAAUCCAAAAUAAUCAUCUAGGGAAAUAUCAGAAGAGAGGGGAACACAGAUUAUGAUCCCUUGCUUUCUUAACCCUCCACCAACACUCCACACAUGUUGUAUGUACCUUUCCACUCUAACUAUUGCUAAAUGCUAUGGAGCCAGCUAUAUAUAUACACUAUAUAGGGACACUUUUUUCUAACUAGUUGUAAAACCCAGCCCUCUGUUUUUUGUUUAUCCUAGUUUCCGUUUUUCCUACUUAUUUUCAUAUAUACUAUUUUCUUGUAAAUGUUAAGCUCAAAGUGUUGAAGAAGAUAAAAAAGAUAACAUAAUUCGAUUAUGUUAUGUUGACAAAUUAAAUAUAUAUACGAAUAUAUAUACAUAUA